AUGCAAACUAUUCUUGUUACUGGCGCAAACACUGGAAUCGGCUUGGCUCUCUGCAAGCAGCUAUGCAAAGAUCAUGGCGCCAAAGUCUUUCUUGGCUCCCGCAGCGUUGACAAGGGACAAGCUGCUGUGAAGGAUGUCUUGGAUUAUGCCGGAGCAGAUGCCAAGGUGGAGCUUGUCCAGAUCGAUGUUGGAAACGACGAGUCGGUCCAGAAGGCAGCUGCUUCCUUGAAGGACAAGGGUAUCAAAUUGACUGCCAUUGUCAACAACGCUGGAACUGGUUUGGCACAUGGAUCAUCCGAUGAAAUGGUCCUCAAUGUCAAUGUCAUGGGCCCCAAACGAGUGGUGGAUGCCUUUUCCCCACUUUUGGAUCCAGCUGGUUCCAAAAUUGUCAAUGUGGGGAGUGGUGCUGGCCCCAUGUACGUCAAGAAGCAAACUUUGAAGCGCACCAAAUUCUUUGUCAAUCCCAACAUUACCUGGGAGGAAAUCCAGGCGGAAGUCGAAAAGGGAUGUACCAAAGACGAUCCGGGACACGGCCCCAUGGGUAGCUAUGGUUUGUCCAAGGCCUUGGUGGCCAGUUAUACCAUGUUGCUAGCCCGCGAAAUGAAGGACAAGAACGUCUCGGCCUUUUGCCUUUCGCCAGGAUACAUCGAUACGGCAAUCACGGCGGGUUUCGACGGUGGCAAGCCAGUCGAAGAAGGCACGGUUUCCAUUCGGCACUGCCUCUUUGAAGCGAAACCUGAAGAAAGCGGAUGGUUCUUUGGUUCCGAUGCCAAGCGAAGCCCCUUGCACUUUUUGAGAAAUCCAGGUGAACCAGUCUUCGAUGGCCAAAUCAACCUCAGUGAAGUGGCUUGA